GAGUCAGGAGGAACCCGGAGAUCCUCAUUUCCCGUCAGGACACCAUGGAGAAAGGAUCAAUCCUGCUCUGUCUUGGACUCGCUCUUGUCAUGGUUGGAUUUGAGGUUGAAGGCCGGGCCUUUGGAUUGGAUUCCCAGGAUCCCUUGAUGAAGAGAGGAUACAAGGAUCCAAACGAUCCAAGGAACCUGUUCAACAGAGUGUACGGUAUCAACAAUCUGAACUACAAGAGGGCAUAUGAAGAACCUGUAGUCGCUGAAUCCAGGAACGAGGACCUGGCUGCACUGUACAGUAUGUACAUGGAACAGGCCAUGUCCAAGAGAGGGCUCAGAGACCCCAACGACCCUAGAAACCUGUUCCGUGCCAUCUAUGGAUACAGGAAGUAAAGUAAACUUAGAGAGAACUACCAUAUCAAACAUUGUUUCUAAAAUUAUCUAAAAAUUGUAUCUUAUUUAAACAUUAGAUUUAAAAUAAAUAAUUUUUACCUACA